CUUUCAGAUUUCUUCAGAGGUCCUAGUGUGCCCAGUAUUCGUCUGGCUGGUUUAGAGUAUGUUUUGCAUUUCACAGCUGUAGAUGGGAAAAUUUACAUGCGAAGCUAUAAGGUGCUUCUGAAGAAAUCUGGCUGUAAAAUACCAAGAAUUGAACUGGAAGAGAUGGGACCUUCAUUAGAUCUGGUUAUGAGGAGGACACAUUUAGCUUCAGAUGACCUUUAUAAGCUGUCUUUAAAACAGCCAAAAGCCCUGAAGCCUAAGAAGAAAAAGAAUAUCUCCCAUGAUGUGUUUGGUACAACUUAUGGUCGAAUCCACAUGCAAAAGCAAGAUCUUGGUAAACUGCAGACACGAAAAAUGAAAGGGUUAAAAAAGAGGCCAGCAGAGAAGUCAGCUGAAGAUGGUGGGGUUAGUCCCAAAAAGUCAAAAUCAGCUUGAUAGUCUGUAACAGCUUUGAAAACCCUUUUGUACCUUCAAAUUUAGUAUAUAUAUUGUAAUAUAAAUGUGUCAGACACAAAAGAUUCAGCGGCUGUUAGUUUUACUUUUAUAAAAAAAAUCUUUUUAAUGUUUUGUCAUUUUAAAGGGAACAUGGGGGUGUUGAGCUUUAACAUGGAACUCGGUUAUUUAAAAUAAAAAAUGUGAUAUAACUUGCUUAGUUUUCCAAA